AUGAGUAAAGUGAAAGCUACAAAGAGAAAAUCAACAGUUCGGCGGAAUUCCGGAUCCACAGAUCGGAGACACAAGAAAAGUGCAUCUUCAACAUCAAGGACCAGGUUGCAAAAAAGCACUGAGGCUAUAGAUUCUGCAACAGAUAAACUGUCCAAGCAAAUUGACAAAGAGCUCACGAAGCAUAUAUGGUUUCACGGUGUGAUGCCGCGAUCUGACUGUGAAGAAGUGUUGAAGAAUGACGGCGAAUUCUUGGUCAGAAGAACGACUGUUGCCAAAGUAACCACCUAUUGUAUUUCCGUUCGAUGUGGUGGCGAAAUGAAACACAUUCCAGUUGCACACGAAAAUGGAAUGUGGAUUUUGUUAGAUGACAAGAAACCCAGCUUAGUCGAGUUGAUAGAUCUAUAUGUAAGUCAAAAGAAGCCAAUACCGCCUUCAAACUCCGUGUUGACCAAGCCUAGGCCACGACCAGAAUAUUUUUUUCUGCAUAAGGAUGUGACGCUGGGAAAAAAACUUGGACGUGGUGCAUUCGGUGAAGUCUUUGCCGGAAAACUGAAAUUAAAAACGGGUCAGGAAGUUGAUGUAGCAGUAAAAACGGCUCGUGCACAGCAUCUCAAAAAAGCACAGCUCAACGCGUUUGUAAGGGAGGCAAAGAUAAUGCGGCGAUUGGAUCAUCCUAAUAUUGUUCGCUUCUAUGGAGUAGCUGCACAAGAGGAACCUGUCAUGAUUCUGUUAGAACUUGCCGUUAACGGUUGCAUGAAAGCUUACUUCCGUAAAACUGAAGUACCAGUGGAGCAGAAGCUAAAGUUCGCAACGGAUGCAUGCCGAGGAAUGUGCUACUUAUCGGGCGCAAAGGUCAUUCACCGUGAUCUCGCUGCCAGAAAUUGUCUUCUUGGACCUAGCAAUGAAGUAAAAAUUGCGGACUUUGGUCUUUCGGUAAUGGAUAAGAGCGAAUUGCGGUUAGACAAAUUGGAAAAGGUACCGGUUAGAUGGCUGUCUCCUGAAACCCUGACUGAGGGUGUCUUCACCACAAAAACUGAUGUGUGGAGUUUCGGCGUAUUGAUGUGGGAGAUCUAUGCGAGCUGUAAAUCCGAUCCAUUUCCUGGUCUUAACAACGCUCGUGCCAGAGAGCUUAUCACCGGACAGACACCGCCAAUGGGGCCACCUCCCAAUUCGCCACCAAUCGUGAAGCAAAUAAUGGAUUUGUGUUUCGUCAAGGAUCCUAAUGCUCGUCCGGAUUUCACAGCCAUUCUUGUCUUACUUGCUCCAUCUGAAGCUCCACCAGAGUCAGUAAGAAUGAGCACAACAGCUUCUCCUGGACCUAUUUCAGAAAAACGUUAA